AUGGCAGAAAGCCAAAGUACGAACUUGUCACCUAUAGAGGUCCAGGAUGUGGAAUUUCAUACUGAUACCCAACCGUACUCCCCCAGUUCAAUAUUGUCAAAUGAACCCAUUAAGCUCGAUAUAGAGCAUGCCGUGGUUGAGGAUGAUCCUCGAUUAUGGUCAAACACGAAAAAGACAGCUAUAUUGUUCAUCAUAUCUGGAGCCUCAAUGUUUGCGGGUUUGGCGGCGAAUAUACAAAACCCCGCCAAUGCUGAAAUAGAGCAGCAACUACACGCCAGCAGCGGGGAUAUCAGCCUGAGUUUAUCUCUGUUCAUUCUCAUUCAAGGCAAUUUUCCUGUCAUUUGGAGUGCGAUUGGCGAGAUAAAAGGCCGCAAGCUCGUGUACCUUCUAUCCACUGCACUUUUUAUAAUCGGAUCUGCAAUCGUGGCCAUGUCAAAAACUAUUGGUUUAGUGAUUGGCAUGCGAAUUGUGCAAGCCUCAGGGUCAAGCGCAGUUUUCGCUAUGGGAGCUGCCACUCUGGCCGAUAUAUACGAGCCACAUCAACGAGGUACAAUGAUGGGCGUCUACUAUUCUGCACCCCUGCUCGGCCCUUCGUUAGGACCAAUAUUUGGUGGUGCACUCACACAGGGCUUCAGCUGGCGAGCGGUUUUCUGGUUCUUAGUCAUCUGGGGAGGCAUAAUCUUUUUGGCAUUCCUUUUCUUGUUCAAGGACACCUUCAGGAAGGAGAGGAGUGUGACUUAUCAGAACGUAUUGAAUUCGAGACUCGGAGAGCAGCAGUCGUCGGAAGCAAAGGACGAGUCGCAAAAUAUUUCGAAGUCAGAAGUGGGUGGAGAGAACCAAACGACUUCGAAAGACAUUGAAGCACAGCGGACGGUUAUACCAGCGUCAGCCAUUAAAGACAUAAAACUGUCCAUAGCCGAUGUCAACCCUCUCCCUGCAUACCUCUCGGUUGUCGGCCGCAAGAACAACGUUCCUAUCUUGAUAGCAUCAGGCUUCACACUUGGGCUAACCUUUAGUAUUGCGUAUACAUCCGCAAGAACACUGUCGAUGUAUUAUCAUUAUGAUGCAUUGAUGACCGGCCUUGUUUUGCUUGCCUUUGGCGUUGGCAGCGUAACGGGCAGCAUAUUGGGUGGUCGUUGGUCCGAUCGGACGCUUACUCGGCUAAAAGCCGCGAACGGAGGGAUCAGCUUUCCAGAGAUGCGCCUCGAGAGCACGAAAAUUGCCAUGUUGUGGUUACCUCUGUCUGUGAUUGGAUACGCCUGGGUGUGUCAAGAACAAGUCAAUAUCGCUGCUGUGUGUGUUAUGCUGUUCCUCAUUGGAUUUUUAACCGCAUGGAUCUACACAAUCACGCUGGCAUACAUUGUCGAUGCAAACACUGGUCGCUCAUCAAUGGCAGUAGCAGCGAAUAGUUCUGUCCGUGGUCUAUUUGCUUUUGUCGCCGCCGAGAUUGCGGUUCCUUUACAAGAUACUAUUGGCGACGGUGGUCUGUAUACUAUUUGGGCAGGAGUAAUGGUUGUCGUUGAGUGCAUGAUUCUGCUGGUGUUAUACAAAGGCAGGAAGUGGAGAGAGGCCAGUGUUGAGCGGGAGAAGCAGACCAAGUAA